AUGAAACUGACAAGGGGUCACUCAUGUGUCUUGUGCCAGCAGCGCAAAGUCCGCUGUGACAAGAACAAGCCCUGCGCCAACUGCGUCAAGGCCCAGGUGGAGUGCAGAGUAGUCCCACCGCAGCCUCCCAGGCGGAGGAAGAAGAAGCCCCACGAGCGAGAGCUCAUCGAUAGACUAAAGAAAUACGAAUCGCUGCUCGCUCAGCACGGUGUCAACUUUGAGCCCAUCGGCCAUGAGCUCAGGGCAUCAGACGCCGCGGGCGGAGAUGAGGUCGAUGAGAUUGAGCAUGGUAUUGGUGGGCUGAAGACAUCUCCAUCAUCCAGUGCCCCCGAGUUCGCGUCGUCGAAUCAAGCCUCCCACUACGAUAAACCGUCCAAGUGGUUUCCUUACUAUAAAGAGUACAAAGCACAUGAGGACAUCCUCCGUGAUUCUUCAGAUGAUGAUGAAGACGGCGGCCCAACUAUUCAUCAUGCAUUUGAUACCAUGUUUGAUAACCAGGAUGGCUUUCCUUUCGUCAUCGGCGGCUCAUAUGAUCUCGUCACAGAGUAUCAUCCCUCCGGCAUCCAGAUACUCCAGCUGUGGCAGAUAUACCUCGACAAUGUGAACCCAUUGCUAAAGCUUACUCACACGCCAACGCUCCAGAGUCAGAUCAUUGAGGCCGGUGCAAAUCCUGCCAAGAUACCCAAACCUCUCGAGGCACUCAUGUUUAGCAUCUACUUCAUUGCCAUCAUUUCUAUGCAGGAUGAGGAUGUGCAGAAGACCUUCGGAGAGGAAAAGUCUAUUCUUCUCUCAAAGUAUCACCACGGUUGUCAGCAGGCCCUGAUCAACGCGGGCUUCAUGCGAAGUCCGGACUUAAUCACACUUCAAGCUUACGUCAUAUUUCUACUUUGUAUCCGGCAAUUCGUAGACCCACGUUCGUUGUACUGUCUCAUUGGCAUUGCUGUGCGGGUGGCCCAACGCCUGGGUCUUCAGCGAGAUAGUGCUCAAUUUGGGUUACCACCCUUUGAAGUCGAGCAGCGAAGACGACUCUGGUGGCAGUUAGUAUCUUUCGAUAAGCGCAUCGCAGAGAUUACAGGAUCGACCAUUACGGCUUUGUCUUCUAGUCGAGGGGACUGCAAAUGGCCCCUCAACGUCAACGAUACCGAUCUCUAUGUUCAUUCGAAAGAUCCUCCCACGCCGUACGUUGGCGCAACAGAGAUGAUAUUCUGCCUCACCCGGAUCGAGAUGACUGCCGCUGCCAAUCCCGAGGCCUCAGGGCCUGUGCCGCAUCUACUGAAUGCAGCCAAACCAAAGUUUCAAUACAAUCCCUCGCCAUCAUCCCCUGAUAUUGUCACGCAUGUUGCCAACCAAAACCUACCGAUGGCCGACCUCGACGGAUACUGCAACUACAUUGAGAAUGCUUAUUUGAAGCAUUGCGACCCGAAGAUUCCGCUCCAUCUCUUCACGUUGAUGAUGACCCGUCAAGCUCUCUGCAAGCUCCGCGUGAUUGCCUAUCUCUGCAAGGUAAACAUGGGUGACCCCCGAGCAAUGGAUUCCGGGAUCAGGGACAUGCUGUUCAUGGAGGCGAUCCGCAUGAUCGAGUACGACAACGUCAUCCAGUCCACCGAGAGUCUCAGGGGCUUCCUGUGGUACACGUUCUUCCACUUCCCCUUCCCGGCGUACAUCUUCCUUGUCAGCGAGCUCCGCACCCUCACCACGGGUGAGCUGUGCGACCGCGCCUGGGCCGCCAUCGCAGAGAACCAUGACAAGCGCGCAUUGGCGCGCAACCUGCGCAGCCCCAUGCACAUCGCGCUCGGCAGGCUGUUUCUCAAGGCGUGGGACGCCCACUCGGCAGCCGAGAUCCAGCAGGGUCGGCCUGCGCCCCCUGUGCCCAAAUUGAUUACCGUGCUGCAGCAGCUCGCGGCGAAGCAGCACAAUAAGAAGCAGUCGUCCUCUGGAAACGUGGUAGUCAACGAGGCAGUGCCGGUGCCGGCGACUGGAUUUGGCGGGAGCCGGCCGCCGAUGGAUUCGAGCCCGGCAGCGCCAUCGAUCAACAGCAUGGGCACACCCGAUACCAUGUUCUCGGGUUUCGAUCCGAUGAGCCAGAUGUUUGGCUCUGGCAUGCCGGAUAUUGAGUUUGGACAGAUGGAUUGGAGCACCAUCAUGCAAGGUUUUACUGGGUUUGGGGGAGUUGGGGUCGACUUUGGGGGGUUCCCACAAGGAGGCAUGCCCGUUCCACAGGGAGGGAUGCCUGGGCCACACCAGGGUCCGGGAGGGCAAUAG